GGUAUCCCUUGAGUUGACAUAGUAUCGCUUAAGUCCACAUAAACCGCUUUCUCUUUUUGAACACUAGCGAUCUGGCCUAGCACAAUUUUGGCUAAUGAACGGAUUUUCAGAUUUCAUUGUGAAUUUUUAGACAUAAAGUCUCACCGCUUACUUAAUGACUAGCGAAAAGGGAGCGCGUGUGAUUGAGUGUUUAUAUUACGAAUGUUUGCUUAUAGAAGUUGUCGGUAGACACUGUCAAGUUCGGAAUGCGGCAGGUAGCAUCCAGCUAUCGCUUUGGGUAAUCGCAAGAGGCGAUUUUUUCUUCCGUUGGACUUUUUUAAAUAUUCGGAUAAUAAAGUGCGUCAACAGAAUGAGGGACAGCGAAAAAGGACCCGUUAUCGGCAUGCGACACAUGCAGGCCCUCCUCUUAUUCUUGGCCAUCGUCGUGAACUACACAGCCCGGCUCAGCGUUAGCGUGGCAAUAGUUGCUAUGACGGAUGCAGCCACCACCAAUUUGGACUUUCCGGAGUACAACUGGAAUGGUGCGCAGCAAUCAUACAUUCUGUCCAGCUUCUAUUGGGGAUACAUCGUCACUCAAUUUCCCGCCGGUUUUCUCGUUCGCCGCUUCGGGGCUAAGGCGGUGCUGCUCGUCCCCACGCUGGCGACGGCCGUCCUGAGCGGUCUCACACCGUAUUGCGUGGCCUGGGGUGGCUGGCAGGCUUUUUGCACCAUCCGGAUUGUGGAGGGUCUUUUUCAAGGUCUAAUCUUUCCGUGCAUACAUGAGCACCUGGCCAAGUGGUCUCCGCCAGAGGAUCGAAACCGGCUGGGCGCCUUUGCGUACUCCGGAGCCGACUGCGGAUCAGUGCUGGCCAUGGCUAGCAGCGGUCUUAUUGCGAAUGGCUCAAUGGGCUGGCCUGGAAUCUUCUACGUGUCGGCGGGCACUUGCGGGCUGUGGUGCCUACUGUGGGUGCUGCUCGGCGCUAACAACGCGCCCAGUUCCCGGCUAAUCGGUUCCCGGGAGCGGGAGCACAUCGAGCGCUCUAUGAAGCGGCAGGAUGGCUUUCACGCUCAGAAGAUUCCAAUCCCGUGGCGGGCCAUCUGGUCAUCCAGUCCCUUCUACGCACUAUUGGUGGUACGGAGCGCUCAGGGCUGGGCCAACUCCACCAUGCAGCUGCAGACACCCUCCUACAUGCACGGCGUCCUAGAGAUGGACAUCAAAAGCAACGCUCUCUACUCGGCCCUGCCCUUUCUGGCCAUGUGGGGCAUGUCCUAUGUGUAUCUGGUCUUCGCAGAUGUGGCCAUGUCGAGGCAAUGGAUGUCCCUAACCACGCUGCGCAAGUCAAUUAACACCGUUUCCUACUGGGGACCUGCGGCGGCCCUUAUUGGGAUUGGCUUUCUGGAUAAGAGCCAGACGACGCUGGCCAUCGCACUGAUGACAAUCAACGCUGGCCUAAAUGCCGGCUCUGGGAUUGGCAGCAUCCUGACCAUUAUCGACAUGUCCCCAAACCAUUCUGGAAUGCUAAUGGCCAUCGUGAAUGGCAUUGGCAACAUCUUUCCGCUUCUAACACCGCUCCUAGUCGGAGUCAUUGUCACUGAAUCGGACUCACGAAGCCAGUGGCAGAUUGUGUUUGCCAUGACCGCUGUGGUUUUUUUCAUUGGCAACCUGGUGUACCUGAUUUGGGGCACCACCGAUCAGCAGGCGUGGGAUGCCGAAGACUAUUUGCAGGCGAAGGACCCGGAGAGCGAGCCCAAUGCCCAGCAAAUGGACUUCAAGUCAAGGACGGAUUCAGAGGCGAAGGCGGAAGUAAAAGCAGAAUGAUUCGCGAAUGGAAUUCCGGGAUCGCGCCAGAAGCCACAAGGAAGUGCGAAAUGAAAAGCUGAUCUAUCUGGCAAGCGCUGUCUAAAUGCAUAUUGGGCGUCGUAGAGUAUGCCGUUUUAAUUAAAAAUUCUUAAAACGUUUCGCUGCGCCCUUGUAUUUUAAUUUCUUGUUUGUACGCAUUUCUUUCGCUAACCGGCGAAAUUUAAUAGAAAAUCCUUACUAUUUCUUUGAAUGAAUUCAUUUUCUAUUUCUGCCCGCAUUUGCAUGCGAACAGCGCAGCGGGCAGUUGGAAGGAGUAGAGCCAAAAACUACACUCAAAGUCGUCUUGUAAGCAAACCAAUUGGCUUAAACAGCUCUAUCUUUACUACGGUCACUGUUUUAUUUUUAAGCCAUUAUGCUCUUAUACUUACUUAUUUUAAGACAUUGUUUAAUAGUGUCUUACUCAAAAUAGUGGUAAUAAAAAUUGGGUUUUCGAACACUUUC